GUCAAUGGGAAAAAGCUGAUGCACAGGAAGCUCCACCUGACCAUGAGGACGAACUUCUUUACUGUGCAGUGUCUGAGCACUGGAACAGAUUGCCCAGAGAGGGUGUGGAAGUCUCGAUCACUGGGGUUAUUCACGAACGAUCCUGUGCCAUGUGCUCUGGGAUGACCCUGCUUGAGCAGGGAGGUUGGACCCGAUAUCCCAUUGUGGUCUCUUCCAGCCUGACCCAUUCUGUGACCUCUACGGUUCGCAUGUAAACAGGAUCUAAACAGCGCCGUGCUCCUAUGGCUGAGGAAGGGCAAGGAUCCGCUGGACACCCGGGCAUUUCCAGCAUCCCUCGCUCAGCACCUUGGCUGGACAGCAGGUGCUCCAGCUGCAUGUGCUCCCAGCCCCUGAAGACGAAGGCUGCAGCCGACCCGACAGCCCGUCACCUCCCGCUGCCGCCUUGUCCGCUCCGGCACCCGCACGGCGCAUGCGCGGCCCUGCGCCUCGGGCGGGCCAAUUCAAACGUGCCCCUCGCCCCUUCUCCUCGCUGGGGUAGCUGUGGCGCUGUGACGUCAUUGCACCGCGUCCUCUUUCUUCCCUGCGGUUUCCGGCGCUCGCCCGCGCCGCGAGUGCAGCGGAAAGUUUUCAUUUGUGUGGUUCACGGUGUCGAUCCUCUCCCCUUUCCCGCGGGCGGGUCGGGGCUGCCUGAGCCCGCUCCGCUAGGCGUGGACCUUCCUCUCCCCUCGUCGUCCCCGCGGGAGGAGCGGUGAGACUUUCGGCGAUGGCUUCGGGGGGCUCGGAGGCGGCGGCGCAGCGGGUGGCAGAGCUGGAGGAGGAGCUGCGGGGGCUGGCGGAGCGGCUGAGCCGCUGCCAGGCUGAUAAAGCAUUUGUGUGGUCUCUUUGGAAACAUCUCCAAGUGUCCAAACCAGAUCUUACUCAAUCUGUCAGUUUGGUUGUAGAAAGAGAAAAACAGAAAGCUAAAGUCAAGGACAGAAGUCUUUUAGAGAUUUUGCAAGCCAAAGACAGCAAAAUAAAAUCUCUAGAACAGAGGCUCACAGGACAGCAGCAGGAGAUAAACAACUUAAUGCAGAGAAAAAGUGCUGUGGAUGAGGAAAAUGCCCGUUUGAAGAAUGAAUUCGGUAACUUGAACUGGAAAUUUAAAGAUAAAAGCCAAGAACUUAAGGACACUGAGGAGUGUGCACAGAAGAAGGAAGAGCAAAACAGACUGGUUAUAAAAAACCUGGAGGAGGAAAAUAAGGGAUUAAAUAUAUGCUGUGCUGACCUGCUAAGUGACCUGGAGAAACUGAGGAAGCAGGAGGCACAAUGGUAAAAAGAAAAAUCUGGCAAUGAUGCCAGAAUAGAGAAUUUGGAAACUGAUUUAGGAGAGACGAGGAAAAAAAUAAAAAGUUUACACAGUAUAUGCAGUAUUCAGGUAGAUGUGAAACAGGAAGAACUUUUCCAAAAUGAUUGUGAUGCAGUUGGAGCUAAGAAGGAGUUAGAGGAGCCACAGAAUCUUUACAGACAAAACAUUGAAGAUACAACACAGCAGGCUGAGCUGAUAAAGCAGCUAGAGGCUCUCAAUGCUGAUACACAAAAAGUACUGCAAGACCAAGAAUAUGCUCACACAGCUAAAACAACAUAUCAAAAAGUAUGUUAUUCUGUAUUUCAACAGCCUUCUUUAAGUGUACUAGAGUGCUACCUUACUAUGCAAGAAUCUGAAAUGGAGCUUUUACGGAAAAAAUUGAAAAAAGCAAAUCUUAACCUAGCAGAGCAUAAUUUGUACACUACAGAUACUCUGUAAAGCAACAAUAUAAGGACUGGAAGAAAGCAUGAGAAACCACCUGUGAAACGUUCAAGGUCUCUGUCCCCAAAGAGCUCUUUUAGAGAGUCAGAGGAGUCUCAAGAAUCUUAUGAGCUAAGAGCAGCCUAUGGAAAACACGAAGAGAGGCUGCAGAUGUUACAGACCAACUACAGAGCACUAAAAGAGCAAUUAAAGCAGUGGGAAGAGGGUGAUAGCAGGUAAGUUACAUAUAAAAGCAGAUACCAUAAUACAGGUUCUUAUCAGCUUUGUCAAGAGGAUCCUCAUGUGAUAUGGAAUGAACUGGCUUUUUUCAAAAGGGAGAAAAAAAAGCUAUUGAUUGAGAAGCUGAAUCUUGAAGAAGAGUUUUAUCAGAUGAAAAUACACUAAUCUGUGAAGACACUUUUUAAACUUAGUGAAGAUGAUGCGGUCAAGGGUAAUACUCCAAAGAGGUAUAUGAGAGAAGUUUCACAUGAGAUGUUACAGAAGGUACAAUGACUAGAAAGAAGAUUCAAAGCUAUUGAAAGGGAAUUAAAGAGACAGAAAGAAGUAAAUAAAGACUUACUGAAUGAAAACAAUUAUUUGAAAGGAUCUUUAAAAGUGCAAAAGGAAGAUGCAGACACAAGAAAAAGAGAGCUGGAAACACUACUUAAGAGGAUUUGUGAAGUAAAAAAAGAAAAAGCAGAAUUUCAGUUAGUAAUUGAUGAGAAGGGAAAAGAAGCUCCCUCUUUGAAGAGGCAAGUGACAGAAGCUAACAAGUUGAGAAAUGAAAGUGAAGAUUUGCUGAGUCAAGUGCAGGAGCAGAAGUGUUUGCCGGAUAAAGCCAAAGCAGUGGCAAUCUCUGGGCAAUGUAAUUGCAAGAUAACAGGCACCAAGGUUAAAUUAAAAACAGCCAAGAAAAAGAGCUCUUUGGGACAUCAUGGAGCUUUUCUCAAACAGUCCAUCAAGGUUAUGAGUAAUGUAUUUGAGAACUUCAGUAAGGACAGCUGGGAGGAUGUGAGUGAAAGCAGGUACGGCUCUCUUGAUUAUGGGUGUGUGUGUGUUUGUUUGUUUGUUGUUUGUUUUCCUGCAUGUGCUGCUUCAGUGACUGAAAUACCGACUUCCAAAAGUUUGGAAAUAGUGAUUAUGAAGACAGUGCAAAAUAUUGAUCCACACAGAAGUAAACAAGAAGAAAAAAAGCCCUUCAAUGUAGUUCAUUUAGAAGCCCAAAAUGAGCAAUAUAAUAAAAAGGGUUACUCUGUUACUCAACUACAGGAAAAAAUUAAGUCACUGCAGAAGGAGAUAGCUGUUUUACAGAGUAAAAAAAAGACAGCAGUGGAUUUCAUUAAGAAUGUUAAAGAAAACAAUGAAAAAUUAACAAGUCAUCUAUCUUUGGCUGAUCAGAGACUUCAACUUAAUAAACUGGCCAUAGAGGUAAAGAACUUUUCAUUAUAGUGUGUUGACCUCAACCUGGCCAAGUGGCAACAGGAGGAGGAAGAUUUACAAGGAAAAUUAAAGUUGAGGGAACAUCUGUCUCAAACUGCUGGCAAGAGUGAAGCUACACCAGCUCCUUCAAAGAACACUGAUUUAGAGAUGAAACAGCUGCAGUGCAAACUAAAGAAUUCGAACACUGAGAUCACUAAGCAAUCGACCACCAUUAAGCCACUAAGAAAACAAGUCCUGGAAAAGGAAGAACGGAUUCGCUAACGACAGGCCGAAAUUUCUCAGUUGGAGAGGGAUUUUACUAUGAAAAGAUAUUUGAUAGAAGACUUAAGGUCUCCUCUAAAAGAAAAUCAAGAAAAUGAGAAAACCUCAAAUGAAACAUCGGAAAGACUUGAGAGAAAGGUGAAGGAACUGGCUGUACGAAAAGCUUCCUUUGACUCAAUGAAACAAAGAUUUAAUGUAGCUAUGAAAGAGAAGUCUCAGUAUGAGCAGAUGUACCACAAUGCCAAAGAUGAUUUGGAGAAAUAGGACCUCAAGCUUAUUAAACUAGGAAGCAAAAUUAUUGAGACUGAAUGUUCUAUGGCUGAACUUGAGACUGCUGCAUCUCAACAACUACAUGGUAAACUGAGUACACAGGUUUCGGAAACUCUAAAGAAGGACCUGCUGCUCACUAGUGACAGAGUUCAAGACAUCUGUGGAGGUUUGAGUACUCUAACCAGAGAGUUACACCACAGCGUACAAGAGCAGAGAACAAAAGUUAAACUGGCAAAAAAAAUGGAAGAAAUGAAAGCAUGCAAAAAGAGUCUUUCCCAAGAGAGUCUUCAGUUGGCAGCAUCUAUCCUUAAUGUUUAAACAACUGAUCUUUAUGAAAUACUACAAGAAGGAGAUGAUGAGGAAACAGAAAAGACAAAAAUGGAAUUGGAAAAAGAUAAAGAAUGUCUAUGGCAUAUACAGAAACUUCUUGAAGCACAGUUUCCUUUUGCCUCAUACUUAAUGGAUGAUGUACUGGAAAAAUUAAAUGAGAAUUAAAAAGUGGUAGAAGAGUACAGUUCCCUCAUGAAGCACAUUGUAUGA